AUAAUAUGUACAGCUCUGUGUUUAUUUUGUGACAUAUUAAAGUGCAGUUCUGAAGGAGGAACCGUCUCAUUACCAAAAAACUGUUUCCAGGGAAUCAAAUGACGGACGUACACGUAAACCUGUUCAAGUGAAGUACUGUACUGUAAAUUCCUAAGUGAUGAGUAAGCGUCUUGGAAAACGUAUUCGAUCGGGCUUGCUUUUCUGUAACGUUGACACGCAGAGCCUCUGCUUUUUAUCGGCUAUUGGGGGUGAAAAAUGAAAUUACUUUUUCUUGCUGUUCUCGAUCCCAAAUCAGGAAAUCACACAACAGCAGAGCGAAUAAGGUCCUACAUUGAGUCAGCAGGACACACAUGUGAGCUCAGACAUGCGCAGGAAUUUGAGUCUUCUUCUGACAUGGCAAACCUGCUAUCACAAAAUCCUCAAUUUGAGGGUGUGCUGGCCAUUCAUCUACACAAAGCAGGCAGACUUCUGCUAGACAUCCAAGUACCUUUUGGCAUUAUCUUUGGUGGAACAGACAUCAAUGAAGAUGUGAAGGUUGAGACGAGACGUGUGGUUAUGGAAAAAGUUCUGCAUAAAGCACGGUUUGCAGUUGCAUUUACAGACAAACUGAAAAGAGAUGCAGAGCUAUAUUUGCAUUCCCAGAGCAGCAAAAUCUCUGUCCAGCCUCAAGGUAUUUCGACGCAAGUGUCAGAGGAUUUCAGCUGGGCUGAAUUCUUACGGCAAUCAGGUGUAAGUGGUGGCCAUGUGGAACGGCUUCAUGUCUUCCUGCUGAUCUGUGGCCUUAGAAGAGUCAAGGACCCACUUUUUUUAGUGGAGAGUUUUUCAGAGUGGCAUAGUGAGAAUCCUCAGAAUGUGCUUGUUAUAAUUGGUCCAAGGAUCGAUCCUGUGCUUACUGAUGAAGUCGAAGCUGUUGUGAAGAGAACAGCAGGGGUCUUCUUAGCCCGGGAAAUGAGCCAGCCGGAGCUCCACGCUGCUAUGAAAAGGUGUUUUGCAUUGGUCAACAGUUCCGUUUCAGAGGGCAUGUCGGCAGCCAUCUUGGAGGCAAUGGAUCUGGGACUACCUGUGGUGGCCAGAGACAUACCAGGAAAUAAAGCUGUAGUACAACAUGAGGUCAAUGGUCUGCUAUACUCUUCCCCUGAGGAAUUUGUACAUCAGUCUCAGAGGCUGUUGUCAGAUCAUGAGCUAAGAGAGAGAGUGAUACGGGAUGCUAAAGUCUACGUGGUGAAGCAUCACAGCCUAAAACAAGAGAGAGAAACGUACCAGAGGUUGGUGGACACGCUGCACUAAGACCGCAUUUCAUAACUCCUCUGUUUACUUCGGGAAUUUCCACAUAAAUUUGAAUAUUUUUAGAUGCAUUUUGGUCGGGUACAAGUCUUUUGUCUAUUUUGUAUCACAUCACAGUGAGCCAAGAUUUUUAGCUCAUUCACUGCCAUUGUUUGUGUUGAAAGACAGAUCCACUAUUACUGGAGGGGCUGGUAGUGAAUGAGUUUAACACUGUUGAUGGAGCUGGAUUUGGGGACUCUUGGGAAACUUUACCAAAAACUGAGUAGUAAUUAUAUAUUUCACUGGUGGACAUACGGGUAUUCCUAAUAAACGCUGCUGUAAUGUUUGCAAUAACUUGGCGUCAUGGUGUAGCAAAAUGUUUUAUUGGUGCUUGGAUCCAAAGGGAUAACUGUGAUGCAAUACAACAGCAAAAUGUUUGUUUGCUACAGUAAUGGAUUUUAUGAUUUGCAACACUAUUUAUUUCAAAUAAAUACAUGUUAAAUGUUGGUGUGCUAUUUUCUCUCAUAAUUCGAGGUGUUGAAUUAGCUCUUUCAAAUUUGUGUUUUUUUGUCUGUGCACCCACUGUUGCCUGCUUGUAGAGUAAGAAUUCAUUUUCUGCUUAGACAUACUCUACAUACUUUUGUUCCAUCAAUAAAAAUAUAUACAUAUACUCCAAUUUA